UCAUAAAACAGCCAUAACAUUAAACCCUUUCUAUUGUCCUGAGGUAGACCCACAUCAGCUCAACACUACAGAACUUAGUAGCGGGACACUGGGAGAGACAAUAUGCCAGGGGACACACACCUGGGGCUGCUCUCUGUAGUAGCCUAUUUAUGUGCUUUCAACACCGAGGCUUAUUCAGGUUUUCAACUCGCUCUGCCUGACUGGAGGUUAAAUGCAGCUGUAGAUUAUUACGCAACGUGUGAUUUUGGCAGUGAUUUGCCAGCAUCCUGCGAUUGGACCUCUGAGGGACCCAUCAGCACUCAGACGGCAACAGAGGAAACUUCUUUCCAUCCUGAGAAUCCAUCUGGUGCAUUUCGUCUCAAGAGUGGAUUUCUUAAGAUCUCGGAAGACUCCUGUUUGGAGUUCUGGUACCAUAGACCUAACAGGAAGAGUUCUGAACUCAGAGUUUUGCUAGUGGAUGACAUUCAGCAGACACUGAUUUGGACGUCAGAGACGUCUAGCAGUGGAGACUGGAGACAAGUCUUCAUCCCACUGACGAAGCAAUCUGACAGCGACAACUUACAGGUUGUUUUUGAGCUAAUAAAAGGUCUGCAUGGCGAUGAAGCAACUGCCUUUGAUAGAAUAGGAAUUCGGAAGGGACAAUGUGGGCCACAAUGUCAGCGAGGAGGCAUAUUUUGGACUAAUAAAAGCACUCAGUGCACUUGCACUGAUAAGCAACUCAUCUGUUCUCACAUCUCUUGGUCCAACAACACUUUUGGCACCUGCUAUGUGGCCUCUGACCCACACUACACUACUUUUGAUGGGGUCAGCUUACAAUUUGAGGGUCCCUGUACCUACGUCUUGUCAAAGGUAUGCGAUGAGUCAGGGUUGCUUCCAAAGUUCACAGUGGAGGUGCAAAACGAAAAUAAAGGGGACUCGCACGUAUCCUCCAUUCAGCAAGUGAACAUCAUUGUACACGGUCUGAGAGUGACCAUGAUGAGGACAGAGAGAAGAAAAGUCAUGGUUAAUGGGAUUUGGAAUAAUCUCCCUCUACUCCUGGAAGGAAACAGAGUUACGGUUAAUGCACAGAGAAAUGCUUUGGUACUCCAGACAGACUUCAAACUGUCCAUCUUCUACAUGCAAUCCGGUUCCAUUCAGGUGAUCGUCCCUAGCCAUUACUCAAACAGAAUCUGUGGCAUGUGUGGUAACUUUAAUCAUGAGACAGAAGAUGACUUCAAGAUCCCAGAAGGGUCACUGGUGCAGGACAGGCAUGUUUUAGGGCAGAGCAUGUGUGAGGAGCCCUCCCUGCCAAGGGUCUGUACAGACGCAGAGGAGCAGCAGUACGCCAGCGAGGCUUACUGUGGCAUGCUAACAUCCAGACAAGGGCCGUUCUCAAUGUGCUCAUCUGUUCUGAAUGCAGAGAGUUUCUUCCAAAGCUGCAUGUUUGAUAUGUGUUCAACUCACGGAGAUCCUGAUGCCCUCUGCAAUGCGAUUGAGGCUUUUGAUGCCACCUGCAACGAAGUUGGAAUCUCUGUUCUGGCAUGGAGGAACUCAACGUUCUGUCCUGUGGCAUGUGGCCUACACAGCCACUAUAACGCCUGUGCCAGCGGCUGUCCUAAGACCUGCUCCAGCCAGGACGGUACAGGGUCUUGUGGGAUAUGUGAGGAGCGCUGUGAGUGUGACGAUGGCUUCAUGCUCAGCGGAGGAUCAUGUGUGCUAGCUAAAGACUGUGGAUGUUGGGCUAAUGGACAGCAUUCUCCGAUCAGAGAGACAUUUAUGAAGGGUGAAUGUGAGCAACAGUGCCAGUGUUUGGGCAAUGGGACCAUCCAAUGUUCACCUACAGCCUGCAAGUCAGACGAAGUGUGCAUGGUUAAGGACGGGGUCUUGGGUUGCUUUCCAUCCAACCCAGUGACAUGCAGUGUCUACGGUGACCCACAUUACAUCACUUUCGAUGGCAAGGCCUACACUUUCUGGGGCACCUGCAACUACACCAUAGCAAAGACCUGUGGGCCAACUGAAACCCAGUUCACAAUAACAGCACGAAAUGAGGGACAGAACAACUCUGCAACUUCCUCCCUUAACUCUGUAGCUCUAGACAUGGAAGGCCUACAUAUUGUCAUCGGGAAGAACAAGCAGGUUUAUGCAAACGGUAGUGAAGUUCGUCUCCCUGCGAAGUUUGGUUCCUCUGUGUCUGUGUUUCAGUCGGGACCUUACGCUCAGGUUAAUACAAACUUCGGACUGAGGCUGCUGUUUGGAAACGCCAGGCUGUUCGUCCAGGUGGAUGAGCGCUACAGAGGAGUGUUGUGCGGCCUGUGCGGGACCUACUCCGGAAGUCAGUUUGACGAUUUUCUGAAACCCGACGGCAACACAGUAGCGAAUUCGCACGAGUUCGCCAGCAGCUGGAAUACCAACGACAGCGACUGGCCUUGCAGUAAUGGCUUUCGGGACCCCCCUAAGUGUCAUCCAGACCUGGAGGAUGAAGCAUAUACAAAGUGCAGUGAACUGUUUGAAGAUGCUUUCAAAGAGUGCCACUGGUUUGUUCCGCCACAGAUUUAUGUCAGCAGCUGUGUUUUUGAUUACUGUAUUUCCAAAGGUGACAAAGCUAAGUUCUGCACCUCUUUGGAGGACUAUGUGUCUGCUUGUGAAAUAGCUCUGGUCUUUCUGCCAGACUGGAGGAAUCACACCUUGUGUUUUGCCAAUCCACUGCCAACAGAGGACCCCACACCAACUAAACCAUCUGAAAGUUGUCCAUGGAGCUGUAACUUUGACCAGGAUGAAUGUGGGUGGGAACAACUUAUCCAAGACAGUUUUGAUUGGACCAGAUGGUCAGGAUCAACGCCAUCAAACUUUACUGGGCCAUCCGGUGACCACACCACAGGAAGUGGCUAUUACAUGUAUAUUGAGGGGGAUAGUGUGGUCCAUGGCGACUCAGCCCGAAUAAUGAGUCCCGUCUGUCACACCUCCAGCAAGCAGUGUUUGAGUUUCUGGUUUCACAUGUACGGCCUGGCAACUGCUAUGUCACUCAACCUCUACAUAUUUGAGAACAGUCGUUUCAUAAAAAUAUGGUCCAGAACCAACAACCAUGGAAACAGAUGGUACCAAGGGCAGGUUGAAAUCAAACCACAACAGCCAUUCCAGAUCAUCAUAGAAGGCAUCAGGGGCUCAGAUCCUCGCUCAGAUGUGUCCAUAGACGAUUUGACCAUAAUGCAUGGUGCAUGUGGCUAUUUGUCUGAAGAAGAUGUGGACUUGACCACUCUGGGACCCCAUCCAUAUACUCCAAACUUAAUUGACCCCCAUCCAAUUUGCAGAAUAAACUGUGAUUUUGAAAGUGACAUCUGCAGUUGGACUCAGAUGGUGACUGAUGCUUUUGAUUGGACCAGACACAGAGGCUCCACCCCCACUUCAAUGACUGGUCCCUCCUCUGACCACACAACAGGAAGUGGCUUUUAUAUGUACAUUGAGGGUGACAGUGUAACUCAUGGCGACACAGCUCGUCUCCUCAGUGCAGAAUGUGCUGACCCUCAACCUCAGUGUCUUCAGUUCUGGUACCACAUGUAUGGCUCCAGCUGGACCAUGGGACUGAGUGUCUACCUGCUGCAAUAUGGCAAUGUGGCCAAAGAGGUGUGGAGGAAGAGCGAAGACCAGGGUAACAUGUGGCAUCUUGCACGGGUGGACCUGAGACCAGAUGUUAAGUUUCAGGUGAUCUUUGAGGGACGCAGAGGUAGCUCAGCCUUGUCAGAUGUUGCCAUUGAUGACAUUUCACUGCACAGAGGAGCCUGUAGCGAGAUCACGGUCUCUGACACGCAUGGAUAUUCUGACAGCAUUAGCAAAAAUAGACGGAGGCGGUCCCAGCUGUUAAGGGAACGUUCCUGGGCUUGAGCCAGAUUCUUCAUAUGAGGCAAACGAUUAGCUGAAAGCACCUGUCAUCUGUCAAUAUGGACCUCUCUGUUUUUAGCAAGAUCAUUUGGUGUGUUAGUGUUGUUCACUUAGGAAGUAACUCUUAACAUAGUCUAACAUAGUCAUUUCAUAUUACACUUCAUAUUACAUAUUCAUAUUCAUAUUGCACCACAGAAAGAUGUUAAAAGGUGUUUUUCUCUAGUGUCAGUGAAGUUUACACGUCUCCUUGCAGAGGAACCACAUUACAUGAACUAUGAUAACGUUACAUUAAUGUUUGAAAAAUGUCCACAAGAUGUCCAAAUACUUGUUUUAAUUUUCAAAAAUUUACCUAUUGUUUUAUCAUUUAAAAAACUUAUUUUUGUCAAAUGUUUUAUGUAUAUGUAUGUUAAUAAACAUUCAUUUCAUU